AUAGAAGAUAAAUCCAAAAGAAAAAUAAAAGAGAAAAAAUAAAAAUCGAGCGACAAAAGAAACCCAAACCUCCACUCUCCUCUGAAACCAAACCAUUUCCCCCACGCGUCUUCCACUUUCUUGUCUCCUGCUCCUGGGCUUUAAAACAGCGAUCAUCAUGUAGACGCUUGUUCCAUUUUCUCCCCUUUCCCAAUCAUCUUUUUUAGUUUCAUCCGCUUUCCCUUUAGCCAAGCAAACAACUCAAGAAUCACAAGAAGAAAAAGAAAACCCAGUGUUUUUUUUUUUUUUGGAUUUUUUUUUGCCAUGCCUUUUCCAUGGAAGAAAGCCAAAGUAACUCGUAUCUCCCGGCUGGUUGCCGACCUCCACCAAUCCCCCAAGCGCGGCGGAUCCCUAGUGGUGGAGACUGGCUUCCCGACGUCCCUCAUCGAUCUCUUCGUCAAGAACCGUGAUCGCUUGAGAAAAUCUCCUAAAAGGAAAUCAAGCCCUCAGAUCCAAACCCCUCCCUCCCAUGUACCCUCCACAUCUCUCCAAUCAUCCCCUUCCCCUCCCUGCAAUGAAGACAUACAAUCUCCUGAGCUAGAUGUUGGGAAAUUAGUGUUGAUCAAGAGAGCAUGCAAGGAGAGGAUUGCGUUUAAAGUGUUUUUAGUGGUGGCUCUGGCUGUUAGUACCAGAAACCUUGCGGUUUGGAUCAUGAUGGCUGCUUUCUUGCUUGUGCUAAUGGAGUUCUUUGGGACACGUUUCUUGGGUUUCUUGAGACCAGAUUCUAAGGAUGUUUUCUUGGGUUCCUGGAUUCGAAAGGGUUUAUCGGUUUUGAAGAGAUGGGAUUGGGAGCAAGGAUCAGCAGCCGAGGAAUUGGCUGUGAAACAACAGGGAACUGUUUUCCCUGAUUCUUGUGGGCUGAUUGAAGUCGAGGAAAGUCAGAUUGCGGAAAUGAAAUUCGAUUGCGUUGGUAUUGGUAAGGGUGGUCAAAGCUUGGAGACACAGACAAAAGUGGAUAGAACAAGGGAAAUCUUAACAUGUAACAGUGAGCGUAGUUGGAGUGCAAGAUUUAAAAGAAGUUUUAUCAAGAAAUUUGUUCCAAAGAAGUUGCGCCAUGGAAAGAGUAAUAAUAACAAGGAUCAAUUGGGAGUAGAUAUACAAAAAUUGGACGAGAUUGAAGAGGAAAAGCAAGUGUUGAAUGAAGUUGAAUCACAAACAGAAGAAGCUAGGAUUUCAACUUCUGUUCAAGUUUUGUGGGUCGAAUCAGAAAUUCGAGUCGUUAAAAACAAGGUGGUGAAUGUUAGAAAAGGGGAAAAAUCAGGCUAUCUGAUUCUGUUUGUGAUUGUUCUUGCUGGACUUUUAGGAGGCCGGAGUGUUGCACUUUUGCUUACGCUUGUAUGGUGCUUGAUACUGAGAUUUAUUGGGAGACCAAGAAGAUGUUGAACUUGGAACACUAUCUUUGUCUGGUUUCUUGUCUCAAUCUCAAGCUAGAGUUCUGGUUGGGUGGCCUGUCUGAGAAGAACAAAACCAUCUUUUUUGUAGCUUUCUUCUGGUUGAAUCUGCUGAUGGAAGCCUGGUUAUGAUGGAUGUGGAGUCCAACGGUUUUGUUGCCAAGGGAAGGGAAGUUGAGUUUGCUGUAAUUUCAAAUGUAAAUUGACAUUAUGUAUACAAUUCAAAAUCCACAAUAUUCGUUGAUUUAAUUAACUCUGAAAUUCAGGUGGUUUGCCUUAUACUUAUUUGAUUUGUUGCCUCAAAAAUCAAUUUGU